CUUCCUCUCACCGCAUUAAUAUAAAACAGAGAAAACAUUAAAAUAAAUCAAAAAAAAAAUGGCCGAAAAGGUAAAGCAUGGAAAAGGUUUUCACAUGCUAUGCAUAUUCUCGAUCUUCUUCGUCCUCUUCGUGGUGUUAUCAGUGAAAGCUUCGGCCGAUGACGUCGAUUCUCAGAGAGCGGUGCCAUCUGAAGACAAAACGACGACGGUUUGGCUAACUAAAAUUAGAAGUACUGGUAAAAACUACUGGGCCAAACUCAGAGAGACUUUGGAUCGUGGACAGUCCCACUUCUUUCCUCCCAAUACAUAUUUUUCAGGAAAGAAUGAUGCCCCGAUGGGAGCGGGUGAAAAUAUGAAAGAGGCGGCGACGAGGAGCUUUGAGAAUAGUAAAGCGACGGUGGAAGAAGCUGCUAGAUCAGCGGCGGAAGUGGUGAGUGACACGGCAGAAGCGGUGAAAGAAAAAGUGAAGAGGAGCUUUUCCGGCGGAGUGAAGCCGCAGUCGGAGGGUUCUGAAGAGCUAUAAAUACGCUGUCGUCCGUCUUAAGCUUACGGGGGCCCUUUUUAUUAAUUAAAAAAUAACCAUCAGUGUGUUUUCUUCUAUUGGGAUCAAAUCAAACGACUCUGUUUGUUUUUUUUUUGUUUUGGUCUACAUCACAUGGUUGCUCUGUAUACAACAACGACCAGAUCCACAUGACUUAUUUGUUCUUCUUUUUGUCAUGAAUAUAAUAUUUUAGAUUCUACGUU